AUGAAUCGAGCCCUCGGAAACCGCAGCGACCUUCUUAUCGCGUUCCUCUACGAUGGAUCCCACGAUGACUCGAUGCGGGUCCUUGAGAACGUGCAACAACGUUCCUCGUCAUGUUCGUGCUGCAGCGGAACGCGCUCCGAUCAGCUCUCCACCAUAGCUAUGAGUAAAGGAGCCAAGCUCGGUGUCAAGGGAUCUUCAAUCAUCACGAUGGUCUCGGUCAACUUACCUGAGCAGGUUCGAGCUCACCUGAGCAAGUUACCAGCUUUCUCGGCUUUCAACAUUGCUAUCACCUCUCUCUGUCUAAUCGCGAUAUACAUCUUCUGCAGAAGCUUCUACUACCUCUACGUCAGCCCGCUCCGACACUACCCAGGCCCCAAACUCUGGGCCAUCUCUCGCCUGCCAUGGAACUAUGUUAACAUGAAGGGCCGCAUCUCCUGGCGCAUCCGUGAGCUCCAUGACCAAUACGGGCCCGUCGUCCGCAUCGCGCCCGACGAGCUUUCCUACACGAGCUCCACGGCGUGGAAGAAGAUUUACGGACAGCGCACGCCCAGCGAGUUCCCAAAAGCCCUCGACGGCCGCGGCAUCGCGCCGCCGACCAUGGGAGGUCGCAAGACGCUGAUGACGGAGGAUCAGGCGGGACACGCGAAGCUCAGGCGCGCUAUCAAACCGGCGUUUUCUGAGCGCGCGUUGCGUGAACAGGAGUACUACUUUCAGAAUUAUACGGAUACUCUCGUAAGCCAACUCAAGAAGGUUUGCAAAGAGGGUGCCGUGGACAUCUCUACCUGGUUUAAUCUUCUCGCUUUCGACAUUCUCAAUGAUCUCGCCUUCGGCACUUCUGAAAAUUGCCUCAACAACGCCGACCAGCCCUGGCUCCGCCUCAUCAAUACGCGCGCCAAAGCCUACGUCUGGAUCCAACUAACAGUACAAUACGGCGUCUUCGACCUCCUCACCUGGAUCGCACCGCGCCGCGUGACCGAGUCCCGCCGCAAGCACAUCGCCAUGACGGAGGUCAAAGUCCGACAGCGCAUCGAGGCCAAGAACCCGGGCAAGGACUUUAUGUCCUACAUCCUUGAUAACCCGGAGGAGGGUAAUAAGCUCACCAAUAUUGAGCUGACGAUGCUGGCGGGCACCUUCAUCGUCGCCGGCAGCGGCACCACCGCCGGUGGCAUGUCUGGCCUCACGUACCUGCUACUUCACAACCCGGGGAAGCUCGAAAAGGUAAAGGCGGAGAUUCGCGGCAAGUUUAGCACGCAGAAGGAGAUCACUAUGGUUGCUGCGCAGAAUUGUAGGUACCUCCGCGCGUGUAUCGACGAGGGCAUGCGGUUGUACCCUCCCACGCCGGGCUCCCUGCCUCGAUGGGUUCCGGGGGAGGGCGAGGUGAUUGAUGGCGGAUGGGUUCCUGGCGGCUAUGCUGUUGCGGUGAACCAGUUUGCGGCGGGACACUCUGAGCAUAACUUCCGCCGAGCUCGAGAGUUCAUUCCUGAGAGAUGGCUUGAGCUGGGCCCCGAGUCUGAAUUUGCCAACGAUGAUCGGGCGGCAGUCCAACCGUUUUCAUAUGGGCAACAUAUUUGUAUCGGAAGAGCCAUGGCGUUCGCCGAGAUGAGUCUGACUAUGGCAAAGAUGAUUUGGAAUUUCGACUUUGAGCUCGAGAAUCCUGCCGAAGAUUGGUGGAGCAAACAGGGAACGUAUAUUAUGUGGGAGAAGUGUCGACCCCCCGAGCUGUCACUUACCAGCAGAAUGGUUGACGUCCGAGUCAGCGGGCCGCAUCCAGGGGGUACCCAUGUGUCAUUCCCCCGUUCAUUCUCGUCUGCAAAAUCCCCUGUCCUCGGAUCAGGGACGUCUUCCACUGCGCGAUGGAGCCUUUGCUUAGAUUCCCAUGUCGUUUCCACCAGCUCAAGCUGUCGGACCAAUGCCAAGCAUCCUCUAGAGCACGUUGGCCGAGGACGCUGGAGGGGUCUUGUUACACGCUUCCCAUUAAGAUGGCCAGCAAUCAUCGUGAAGCUGAAGUUUUGUAAUGGUGAUGACGAUGAUAGCAUCCUAGGUUCUCGUGCCUGUAAGAGACCAAUUGUACGUCUCUCAGCUGAAGCAUCCCGCAGACCCCAGAUAGAAACUCAACGUAACAUGGCAUCUCGAACAUUCUCCAUCACCACAAUGGCCCAAUUCCCAAGUCUCAAACUCCAUCAUCAUCUUCACAACAUCCCGCUCUAUACCCUCAUCCCCCUCCUCCUGCUCAUCAUCCACCUCCUCACCCUCCACCACAACAUCUCCCACGCCAGACGCGCCCGCGCCCUCUCCUGUCACCCAGCACCCCUCGAGCCCUCAAAAUGGCCCCUCGGCCUCGACGUCGUCCUCGCCUCCCUCCGCGCCGACCGCGAGCAGCGCACGCCAGACCACGUCGCCGCGCGCUUCGCGGCCCUCCGUCGCAAUGGUGACGGAAACAACAGCAACAUGGAACCCAACACCAACACCAACGGCGGCGUCUACACCUUCCGCAUGUCCCUGCUCGGCACAACAAACGUCGUCACCGCCGACCCGCGCAACAUCCAAGCCCUCCUCGCCACGCAAUUCCGCGACUUUGGAAUGGGCCUCGCCCGCAGCACGAACCUCAAGACCGUCCUGGGCCGAAGCAUCUUCGCGGCCGACGGACCGGCGUGGCGCUCCGCCAGGGAGGUGAUGAGGCCCCUCUUCAGCCGCGACAACGUCUCCAGGCUGGACCUGCUCGAGGCGCACGUCCAGACGCUGUUCCUCUGUAUCGAAAAGGGGACCACCACCACCACCACGAACGCCGCAGACGGAACGUGGUCCGCCCCCGUGAGCCUCGCCUCCCUGUUCCCCUGCCUCACCCUCGACUCCGCAACAGAACUCUUCCUGGGCCAAAGCACACGCACCCUCUCCGCCCGCCUUCACAACGACAACUCCCACCCGGGAACGGCCUUCAACCACGCCUUUGAAAAACUCCUCGUCGUGCUCGGCACGCGCAUGCGUCUCCGGAGCUUCUACUGGCUCUACGGGAACAACGACCUGCGCUCCUGCGUAGCGACGCUCCACGCCUUCGUCGACGCCGCCGUCGCCGCCUCGGACGCGGCGAAAGCACAGGGUUCCUCCCUCGCGCGGUACGAUUUCCUAGAUGUGCUCCGAGAACGAUGCGCCGGCGGGGGAGGGGACGAAGAAGUGGGCGAGCAGGUGUUGGGGUUGCUCGCCGCGGGACGGGAUACCACCGCCUCGCUGAUGAGUUGGGUCUGGUACUGCCUCGUUCGCAACCCGCGCGUGUUCGCCAAGCUCCGCGCGGAGAUAACAUCAACCUUUGGACCUUGCUCUUCUUCCAUGGAUCCUUCAGAAACAUCAAUGACGUUCGCGUCACUGAAGCAGUGCACCUACCUCCAAGCAAUCCUCUCCGAAACCCUCCGCCUCCACUCAGUAGUCCCCUUCAACUCCCGCCGCGCCCUCGUCGACACGACCCUCCCCGCCGGCGGCGGCCCCCGCGGCACCGACCCGAUCUUCGUGCCCGCGGGGACGGAAGUCAAUUUCAGCACGCACGUGCUCCACCGGCGCAAGGAUCUCUGGGGCGAGGACGCGGAUGAGUUUGCGCCGGAGAGGUGGGAGGCGAAGAGAGGGUCCGCGAGCGCGGCGUGGCAUUUCGUGCCUUUCAACGGCGGGCCGAGGAUUUGUAUCGGGCAGCAGCUCGCGCUGACGGAGGCGGGUUACGUGAUUGCGAGGAUGGCGCAGAGGUAUGAGGCUGUGGAGGGGUUGGAUGUUGAUGUCACUAGAGAUUGGCAUAAUUUUACGGUGGUUUGUGGGCCUGGGAGCCCGGUUGAUCGGAACGAGGCGGUGUUGUGUCGGUUGAAGGUUGCUGAGACGUAA